AUGCCCUUCACUAUUCGUGUAGGGUGGCAGAACUCUAUUCGACAUGCCCUCUCCUUCAACGACUGCUUUGUGAAAGUACCUCGCCCCUCCGGCGAGGCUGGAAAGGGCGCCUACUGGACUCUUCAUCCACACGCAAUAGACAUGUUUCAGAACGGCUCGUCUAUGCGGCGAAACCGUAAGUUCAUUGAUGAAGCACGCCAUCGAGCUGUGGCUGCCAGCAUGACUGUAUCUACCCUCAAGACUGCCGCAAACGGACAAUGCUUGUCCAGUCAGUCGACCGAUGAGUCGAGGAUUCCGAGCUCUGUCGUAACCACGAUCCCUCGGCCCAAGGGCUGUCGUGCACGAGUGAGUUUUACAUCCCCCAACGAUUCGUCAGGUUCACUCGCUCUUCUGUCCACGUCUGUCUCCCGCUCUGUACCAUCUGCUUCGCCUUCGCGUUUAUCCAGUUCCUUGUCCACACUCUACAAUUGCUCAGCCUCGCCAACCUCCCCAACGGCCUCGUCUUCCGGUUCUCUCACCUGCACGUACAGCUCCACAUUUCAACCAAACCCACAACCACCCUCAUUCCCAACCGGGACAUCUUUGCCGUCAAUCAUUGGCUCAUCAACUGAGGAGGCUUCAACCGGCUCCUCACGGCUCGGCCUUCAAGGCAGCCAACGGCCUCAGCACACCCGACAGUCCUGGCUGAAACGAGUGGUGGACGAAUACAGCUUGAAAGAAACCAUGGCAACUUCGGCGUCGUCCGACUGUGGGGCAACGGCUCUUGAGGCCACUACUCUAUCGGAUCCGGAUUCGAGUCGAUAUCUGCCUAGGCGAACUUGCGAGGCAGACGAGUUGGCCUCGGAGGACGCAAUAUCGCUGGGACGAACUUCGGAGUUCUCCGAUUGGUGGUUCCUUCACGGGUAA